AUGCUGGUGGAGAGGCUGGAAACAUCUCUGUUGAGGUCUUAUAUGCAGUAUCUUGUCCGUGAAAGGAUUCAGUACUCCUUCACCCUGAUAAAGAUCUUGAUUGAGCAUCAAUUACAGGGGUGUUCUACAAGCAUUUACAAUUUAUUAAUGCUUCAGCUGUCACCUUAUAAGUUUUCCAUAUUGGCUGUUAAGCAGGGAGAGAAAAGAUUGUGCAGCUUUUCUGCAUACUACUGUUAUGACAGUCAGAACCUUUCAAGAAGUGAAGUUGGUAACAGCAAAUGUAGAGCCAUAGGUGGCUUGUGUAUUACUGGGGAAUGCACCAUUUCUCGUGGCAAACAAGACUGUCGACUGGGAAUAUGCUGCAAGCAGAUGCCAAAUAACACUGAACUUGUCCUCAAAAUACUUUAUAAUGCAGGAAAAAUGAUGACCAGCAAGGAAGAACGAACGGACACCAAUGAAGAGAAUAAAGAGUCUCGUCCAAAAAUAUCUGGCUCACAUGCAGUCUGCAAAACCAGUGAUAAGAUAUGUUGCAAGAAAUCUAACGGAUGUCAGAAAAGGGCUACAAAUGUAGAAAUAAAUGCAACGGGAUUGUUAAAGACAUUGAAGGCUGCAAAGAAGGGAAACUUUGCUGCAUGUCAAAUUGUAAAGGGAAAGGAGUGUAAAGAUAACAAAGUCUGUUGCGAGAAGUCAAAAAAGUGUAAAGAAUUGGGUGGCAAAACCAAAUGCACUAGUGAUAUUCUUAAUCCUCCCAGAAAGUGUAAAAAUGGCAAAGUGUGUUGUGAGAAGUCAAAAAAGUGUAAAGACUUAGAUGGUACCUGCAGAGAGGAAUUCAAAUGCACCGAAACGACAACUGUUCCUGGACAAGGAACAUCAGCUGCACCAGGCCAACAGACAACUGUUCCUGGACAAGGAACAUCGGCUGCACCAGGCCAACAGACAACUGUUCCUGGACAAGGAACAUCAACUGCACCAGGCCAACAGACAACUCCAGCUGCCAUCAUUACGACAGGUCUAAUUGCUCCAACUGUCAGCACAAGUCUAUCAACCACUGAAGCUCCAAUGUAUGCCGCAACUGCAAUGACAAGUGCAGCUCUAACCACUGUUGCUAUCACUACUACAGCUCCAACAACUCCACUGCCAACCAUUACUGCAGCUCCAACAGUUUCUCCAACUCAAAUACCUACCACAGCUCAAAUCACUACUACAGCUCAAACAACUCCAACUCCUACCACCUCUCCAGUUCCCACUUUUACUUCAGCUCCAACCACUAUUCAGGGACGGCCAACCACCACUCCAGCUCCUUCUUCUCCGGCUGCUGACCCAGUGGAGGCAUUACAAAGCAGAUUUUUGGCCCUGACUACCAAGGAUGAAUCUCUGGAUAAUCUCGACGAUUCACUUGACGAUGCAAAGGAUUCUCUGAAUAGUGUUUCUGCUUCAGGCACCACCACUUUAGCUGACACUACUGUAGUAGAUAGAACAAUUAGAGGAGAGUUCACAACCACAGCAGGUACUACAGCUGCAGGAGAUUCUCCUACUCUCACAAACACUAUAACCAAAGUAAGGAACACAACCUUAACUGACACUACAACCAAACAACAUACCACAAUCAUAGCAGAUAUUACAACUGUAAAAGACAAUUCAAACGAAGCUAGCACAACCACAAUAGACACUAUAGCUGUACAAGAGACUUCAAUUUUAGUAGACACUACAUCUAAAGCAGACACUGUACUGAAUGCUACAACCUUGAUAGAGACUACAACCUUGACAGACAUAUCUACAGGAAAGACUGCAGCUAUGACAGACAUAAUAACCGUAACAGCAGACUAUGCAGUCAUCACAACCGAAACAGGUACUACAGCUUCAGCGAGAACACAACACAACAGCACAAUAACAGCAGCAGAUAAUGCAGCUGUAUUUGAUGGUACUACAAUGACAGGCACUUCACCUGCAACAGACAGGAUGACAGAAGUAGACCCUAGUAAUGUAACAGACAGUGUGGCUAUUGCAGAUACAGCAAACGCAGAAGACGGAACUGUAUUAAUUACUACAUCUUUAGGAGACACUACACUUGGACAAUUCUCUGUAACAGAUGCCGCGGGAGCAGUCAGUACAAAAGAAGCUGCUGAAACAACAGCCGAUCUUGGGACUGCUGGCGAAAUAGAUGUACAGAAAGCUGCCGUUGAUGCAUAUACAGAAGACAUAGACAAUAUAACUGUGCAGCUAUCAGGCAAAGACAGUCUUUUAACACAAUUUGUAAAAGACCUUAUUGCUCAAAUAGUGAACCACAUAAAUGUAGCAAAGUCCUGGAUAUAUGUUGAGCGAAGGCAAAUCCGAAAAGACCUUCCUUCUGUGAAUCAGCUGUUGCUGGAGUAUGGUGCAACGACAAUUAACCUGCCUCCGCUUGUUACAGAAGAUGAAACCGAUGAUUCCGGAGAUGAGUCUGCUGCCACAACUGUUUCUACAACUGCUGCUGCAAUGAGCCCUACACUUACUGCUACAGUUGUUCUAACAACAAUUCCUAUUACUGCUGGCAGCAAUCUUCCUACAAGUGUUACAACCGAUUCUACAAGCUAUAUUAAACUGACUGAUUCUACAGGUGAUACAUCUGAUGCUACAACUGAUUCUUCAAUAAAACUGCCGUUGAAGUAG